AUGGCUCUGUUCGCGCUCCGUCUCGGGCCGCUUCUCCCAGCCCCGCCCCACCGCCGUCCGAUCCUGCGUAACCGAUGCCAGGGCCGGAUCAUCGUCUCCAAUGCCGCCACCCCCGUGAGGGACGGGGGCACGGCUGCGGUGGUGUGGUUUAAGCAUGACCUCCGCAUCGACGACCACCCGGGCCUCGCCGCCGCCGUCUCGGAGCCGCGGCGCCCCGUUGUGCCGCUCUACGUCUUUGACCGACGCAUCCUCGCCGGCUAUUCAGAUAAAAUGCUGGAACUACUGCUAUGUGCUCUGAAAGAUCUUAAGAUGGCGUUGAAAUCUCAAGAUUCUGAUUUGCUCAUAGGCCUGGGAAACGCUGAAGAUGUCGUGCUGAAGCUUGUGAAUGAGGUACAAGCAGGUCUCAUUUUUACAGAAGAAGAAGUUGAAUAUAGAGUGUGUGAUGUUCUGGCGAAUGUUGAAUCAUCUUUAUCUAAUGGGUCAUUCUCAUGGGGAAGCCCUCCCAAGAUAGUGGCUUGGAGUGCCCCAUUGUAUGACUAUAAGAAUUUGGCAGCAGUAUCGACAUCACAUGACGAAUUUUUAAAGAAAAAAAUACCAUUGGCCACACCUCUUGCUGCGGCAACUUUGCCUGCUCUAAAUUUGGAGUUAGACACAGGUCCUCUACCCACUCUGGAAGAAUUAAAAUGUUUCCUGAAAGACAUAGCACCAGAGGAUAAUUGGGCUCCUCUCAAGAGCAUGUCUGCAAUAUCUAUUCUUAAAAAGACAAUCAGUCAAAGGAAGAUCAAAAGUAAUGCUACAUUAAGCACCAGCAAUGGAGAAAACAUAGAGGAUAUCACCAUGGAUUCUGGUUCAUCAAGAAAGAGGAUUAUAAACUCAAUGUUUGCAUCAGAAAACUCACUGGAAGUUAGGGGUGGAACAGAUAUUACUUUGGAUGCUUUGUCUGCUUACCUAAAAUACCUGGAAGGCACAGGAAAUGCUAGUUGGCAAGAGCUGCAUGAUAAAGUGCGCUUAGCUGAAACCAGAUAUGGUGCUUCAUUCUACAUCUUAUUUGGUCCUGCAAUUCAGCUUGGAGUCAUAUCUAGGAGGAAAGCUUACAUGGAGACUAUUCAAUAUGAAAAAGAUCGCAAUGCAGGUUUUCUAUCACCAUUUGGGUACUCAACACCUACAGUGACAGCAGCAGUUGAUGCUAUAUGUUCGAUGGAGUGGUAUUGGCUCUUGGCAUCAAAAUCCCAAGUAUGUGUCGAGGGGAAAUAUCCUAUAAGAAUUUGGAGAUGGAAGGGUUAUCUUGUACAGUACACCUUUCUUGGCAAUGAAGGUCCAGCUGUUCUUCUUGUGCAUGGUUUUGGAGCUUUCCUGGAGCAUUUUCGUGACAAUAUAGACAAGAUUGCUGAUAUGGGCCACCGAGUUUGGGCAAUUACUCUUGUUGGCUUUGGGAAAUCAGAGAAACCAAAUGUCAACUAUUCAGAACUUUUCUGGUCAGAACUACUGAGAGACUUUAUUGUCGAUAUUGUAAGGGAGCCUGUUCAUCUUCUUGGCAACUCUAUUGGAGGUUAUAUCUGUGCUAUUGCUGCUGGUUUAUGGCCUUCUCUUGCAAAAUCUCUGGUUCUCUUAAACUCAGCUGGUUCAGUUGUUCCAAAUUACUCCUUCGUCCCACUGAGUGAACAGGAAAGACGAACAUCAUCAUGGCUUUCCAGGUUGCAGACACAGCUUCUUUUGCUCUUCUUGAGGGCAAGAGCAGAAGGCAUUCUUAAAGAAUAUUAUCCUACAAGAACCGAACGGGUGGACAAGCCACUUCUGGACCAGAUUGUAAGAGCUUCAUAUGAUCCUGGUGCUGCAACAGUCCUUGAGAGUGUAUUCAACUUCAAUCUUUCAAUUCCUCUUAACUUUUUAUUUGAUUCUUUUGGAGGAAAGAUAUUGGUUAUCCAGGGUAUGAAAGAUCCCCUUACAAAAUCUGAGGCGUUUGUUACCAUGCUCCGAGAGCAUUGCAGCAAGGUUCAAAUCAGAGAGUUGAAUGCAGGGCAUGCUCCACAUGAUGAAGUUCCAGAUGAAGUAAAUACCAUACUAUGUAAAUGGGUGGAACAGAUUGAAGUUAAGCCAGCCCUAGAGAAGACCAAGGCAAUAUAA